AUGUUCCAGCCUCAGCCGACCCCUUUCGCCCAAUUCGGUUACCAUGGACUCGAUGUAGCCGACACAGAUUUCACCGAUUAUACUGCGUUCCAAAGCACGCCGCUGGGUCAGUUUGGGGGAGGGCAUGCCUUGGAUGCUAGAGCUGGAGCUGGAGCUGGAGCUGGAAUUGGUGUUGGCAGUGGCAGGCUGGGUGCAGUAGCUGGCGCUGGAGUUGGAGUUAGAGCUGGAGCUAGACCUGGAGUAAAUGCUGCAGCAGGUGCAAGAGGUGGACCGACAGCUGCUGACGUUUUCGGCUCGCCCGCUUUCCACAACGGCCACCAACUUCCUGCCAAUUACCACUCGAUUAACUCGAUACCGGGGCCCCAACACCGACACCAACAGGGGCAACCCCACCAUCGCACCUAUAACCACCGCCUCCAAUCCCAAUCCCACAACCACAACCACAACCACAACAACCACAACAACCACCUCCUCCACGACCGCGGCCACGGUCGCAGCCAGCGUCGCCACCGUCGGCAUCACACGAUGGAGCAGGACGAGAUGGCCCAGCAAGAGGCGGCAGCAUGGGACUACCAGCCGCAGCUACAGGGACCCCUGGUCGGCGACAAGACGUCCAGCCAGGCGAUAACAGAGGAGUAUGCCAAAGCAGAUCCAACUUAUGUCGCCAAAACAAUGGCUCUACCCGAGACGUAUUCGCACUACCGUCCGAUCCAAGGGGACGGUAACUGUGGUUGGCGAGCGAUUGCCUUUGCCUACUUCGAGACCCUGGCACAAUGUGGCGACGUCAACCAGGUCUCAGGCGAAAGAGCCCGACUGAAGAGCCUGGAUGUCUUCAUCCAGAAUGACAUUGGGGAGCAGACUUGGGAACUCAUGGUCGACAUGGUGGAGGAGACUGAUGUGUUAUUCGACGAUGUCAUCACAGCUAUGGAAGCCGGUCAAAAUCCUAUGGCAAUCAUCACCGCCAAGUUUAAUGAUGCUGCCACAUCGCCGAGCCUCAUCUACCACCAGCGUCUGCUUGCAACCGCAUGGUUGAGAGCUAACGCCGCAGAGUACCGGGAUCGCAUUGAGGGCGGUAUCGAGAGCUACAUCAGCAGCAACAUCAUGGUGAUCAACAUGGAGAUUGAGUAUAUUGGUGUCGUCAUACUGUGCGAUAUCCUGUUGAAGCCAGCAGGGAUGGUGCUGGAAAUUGCCUACCUGGAUCGAAGCGAAGGUACAGAGGUCAACGUGUACCGGAUGCCUAACGAGGCUGUUGGGCAAGGUGCUUCUACGUUGGGGCCGUUCAUCUACCUGCUCUAUCGGCCAGGCCACUAUGACCUCUUAUACCGCGACUCCCAGCUUCAGGCCACGCCUGUUCCUACCGGACCGAUAUCUCUCCAGGUCAACCGCGCAACCUUUGCACACCAUCACGACAUCCAGAGCACUGUUGCAUCCAACUACUCGACCUUGGAUCUGAGCGUCUUGGGAAUGAUACCCGGAGGCUUCGAGCCUUCAGGUCUGUCCCCCUUGACAUGUCCGACUGCUCCAUCCCCAGUCUCCGAUUCGUAUGCCCAUUCCCCUCAGUCGCCAUGGGUCACGCAGAACUUCCCGGACAACCUCCCUCUUCCGCCUUCGCAGCAGCCGACUCCUCCACAGCAACAAGCCACUACUCCAGUGACGGUACAUCCUCUCCGCUUCAGCAAGUACAACUUCCCCCUCUUGCCCGAGAUGGCGGAGAACAACAGCUCGUACGAACCUGCGUACACCACAAACACGUUCAAGAACAGCCACUUCAACGUCGCCCACUACAACAACACGAAUUUUCAGCCGGAAAUGUACAGACCGGAUGGCGAUGAAGAGAUGCCAAGCGGCAAGGUUGGGGGCCGAAAACGGAGCACUGAGCAUUGCGCGUUCAUCAAAAAGGAGAGCAGGGGAUAG